GGUAAUGUAAAGGCUACGUAUCAAUUAUAGUUUCCACCUAUGGCUAACGAUCUAGAUCUGUCAGAGAUCCUGGACAAAGUCAAGGCUACUUCCUUUAAAGACGAUGAGAGUGUCAUGUCCGAAAAAGCUAAUGGAAACCAAUGGAAACAACGAAUGCUGUAUAACAACUUGAUAUUAGAGUCGAGAUCAGGUUCAGAUAAAACACAUGUCACUUCGGUAUCCAGAUCUAGAUCUACAGAAGGAGAUAGACCGGGUUCAGGAGGAUCAAGGUCGACCGUACACAGUUCCCAGCUAGACAAAGCUGAUGAUAAGGGUCUCAGAUCAGAUUCCAGUUCGUCUAGAGUUAAUCGCGAUCUUCCCUCUGAAUCAGAAUCAAAUGGUAGAUAUCCUGCCCGGACCCAGGGGCACUCCACGAGGUACGAGUCAAGCAGGUCCUCAACUUCUAGUCGCCAUUCUUCCGCUCAUCUCUCUGGGGCUAGAGAUGACCAGCUGUCUUCACUGGACGCUAUGUUCGACACACUGAUAACAAUGUCCGGAGUACCGGAGAACGCAGAACGGAUCCUCAACUCAGAGGGUCUGGACACACUGGUAGCUACCAUGUACCCUGAGUCCUGUCAUGGGUGUGGCACAAUGCCACUCGGACACAUCUUCCACUUGGCUAAACGAGAAAGGAAGACACAGAGCAUGAAAGCCAUUUCAGAUGUUUACAGGAAUCUGGGAGAGACGGGAAGGAAGCAUUAUAAAGUUCACAGACACGCGUCCACACUAGUCAGGAGUUUGGAGGGACUGAUGGACGCGUACAUUAAACUCAGAACUGAUCCUGAUACCCCACUUCCUAACACUCAGCCUUUAAAAACUCUUAUCAUUCUCACCAAACUGUCCUUUGACGAGGAGUACAGAACUGUAAUGAACGAUAUCGGGGUGAUAUUUGCAAUCUCAGAGUAUAUCGCACUGUGUGCCCUGUAUAAACCAAUAGCUUUCUCCUUCCCUGAGCACAACUCCACCCAGAUCUCCCUGAGUGAGGUGGUAAAGUACGGCUGUACGGCCCUCACCAACCUAACCUGCGGGGACCAGCAUGUUAAAACGGCCCUGUCCCACAUAACCCCCUUCCUCGAGGUGUUGUUAGGACUACUUCACGGUAACGAGUCUCCGGACGUAGUCAGGGUCGUCACCAGUCUGUUUAGGAACUUGAGCUGGAGAGCAAGUUCUCAGACCAAGCUGAAUUUGGCACAUUGCCAAGUUUGUUCUGUGCUGAUAGACGUGGGGCGACGUUGCAGUGAUGCUAGUACUAUGAAAGUACUGACGAGCUCGCUCUGGAAUCUCAGUGCUCACAACGCCGCUAAUAAAGAGGCGCUGUGCAGUGAGGGGUUGGAACUCAUCGCAGUGCUGGUAAAGCAGCCUCUACAGAGGAACACUGUGGUGCUAGAAAACACCCUGGGUAUUCUUAGGAAUAUUAGCAGUCACAUAGCCCAAGUGGGCCAAUACAGAAGAAUUCUCCGAGAUUCAGGAGUGUUGCCUCGGCUAGUGGACUUCCUGCAAAGUACCAAUGACACGGUAAUAGCCAUGUCGUGUGGAGCACUCUGGAACUUGUCCGCCAGAUCCCCUCCUGACCAGACCAUGUUGAGGGAGUUUGGGGCUGUCCCUCUGCUCAGAUCUCUUUCUCUUCACACCGACAAAUCUAUCUCCAAGUCUGCGCACGGAGCGUUAAGGAACAUAAUGGCCGGCUCCUCCCGGUCCGUGUCCCCCUCCUCCCACGAGGACCAGUCUGGGGAUCAGGUGUCUGAUCACGUGAUGCCACCCACACAGUUCUGGUUCGAUGACUACUCCCUUAUCAGCUCCAGUGACUCCAGGAGCAGAACCUCUACAAGUCCCAGGGAAAGACGGAAAGUAAUGGGAAGACAGUUAUCUAAGCAGCAUCAGCAACAGCAACAACAGCUCCGUUUCUCCUCUAACGUAGACAAAUUCUCAUGCUGACGUAACCAUGGUAACACGUACCUAAUAACCAUGACGCCCUUACUACAGUCAGUCUAACAUCAGUUAGAAAUUAUCCGGUAGUGCUGCGCAACACCUCUUGCUUUCAACGACUCAUUGAACUUCGUAAAUUAUUGAACUGCAAGUCUGCUUCAAGGGUGUUAACGUCUUUAAAAAAUUAAAUUCCAAACAAAGUUCAUAUAGUUCUGGAAGGAAAAGUUGGUUAUACGACUACGGAAACAAACUCUACCCGGAGAUAUGGAUUAUAGAGAACGCUCGGUAAACUUCUGGGUCUCAGUGAUGACUUACAAGCAUUCGGAUACGCAGUUUUACGGAUUUUUAUCACCUGGUUUUUACUUGUUACUUGCAAAACACUAUUUUUAGAACAUACCUGUGUGUAGCAAAUGAGCUGUAAAGGGCGGGUUUAUUAUGUCAUCAUGUUAGACGUAUUGACGACAUGCGGAAUUUUUAGUGAGAAAACUUAAGAAUUAAUAUUUAUACUCUAUAGCGCAUGUUCGUCCGCAUGGUUUUUUUUAUAGUUACUGCAUUAGUUUUAUAAUAUGGAACUUUUUAGAGUUAUGUAAAGUUUUAGACUUGUGUUAACUGAAGUAUACGGAAACUUUCAAUUGUUUGAAAAAUCCGGAGCUGUUACUGGACCUAAUAGUUGGUGGAUCUAGGGAUUACAUACAUUAAAAUUCCUUUAUAAAACUUCUUUGACAAAAAGUUUUUGCUGCUGGUUGGGCGUACCGAAUUUUCACCUACAAAAGUUCACACCAAAUUUUAACGUUUAAAAACGGUUUAUGUUGAGAUCAUCCAUAUUUUUUUUCUAUCUAUCUAAAACUUUUAAAAGCUUUAUUUUGGAGCUUUACCCGAUAUCUUAGAUACCUAAAGUUCUAGUCCUUAAUUUUAUCGCCCUUAAUGCUAACCUUACAGUUGAACAAUAAACAUAUACCACCUUAAAGUUUUAACUCAUUUUUGACAUUUUACUGGAAAACUUUUAAGUAAUCCAGUAAUUUAAGAUUUUAAAAUUUCCUAAACUAAGAUACAGUUUCAUAUUAUGAGGUGUAUGAACUCGACGCUAACUAAGCUGAGUCAAUUUACAAAUUUCCCCUUAUAUUAAUAGCUCGGUCACACGGCACUAAUCGGAUUAGUUUCAUUAAUCAUAGUAUCUGGGUCUGGGUUUAGAACAUAGUCACAAAGCCCUGGGUGUCAGCUUGUUCCUCUCUGACAACGGCCGAUCAAAAUACCAUGAAUAGUUGGCAGAAGCUUUGCGUUUCGACUAGUUUCUAUCGACGAAUGUUCGGUAGUCCAUUGAUCCGAUUCCUCAAAGUCAAACCGCUCCAAUCGUCUUAUCAAAUAUUUCGUAACUUAUGACAAAUGACAAUAUGCAUUAUGCCGUUAUUAUUCAGGCCAUAUAUAUCGAUAAAUAGGUGAUAAUAUGAUAAUCCGAUCUGGGCCGUAUGACCGGGCAAUUAAAACAGACUCAAAUAAUAAGAUAUGUCUGUAUCAUAUUAAACGCAUAUAAUUAUAAUUAUAGCCUCCUCAAUAACGAUCAGUAUUUGGUCAACGUUUGGCAAGGAAUAAUGUCCUUAGGACUUCGGAGGUUUAAUUUAUUUUCACGAAAACGUCGACAAAUUUUCAGAUGUGGCGAAAGGUUUCCUUAAUAUUGAUAUGGGAAAAUUGUUUAAAAGACAAACGUUCGUGUCCACUUUUGUUUAACUGAAAUCAAAUGAUUAAACGAGUAUACCAAGACGUAUAAUUGUAGUGUUAACUUUGUAGUACUAUAAAUUGCAAUGCUUUGAAUUCCGUU